GAGUGCGUGCAUGCACUGAGGAAGAAGGAUGGAGAUACACACACCGGUGUUCUCCUCUUACCUUUAGUCCAAGAUGAAGAUCCUGACCAUGCUGAGCUUCAACAUGCGUGUGUGGAUGCUUGGGUUGCUUUAUGCAGGAGCGCUGAACAGUGAGGACAUCAGUGGAUGUGGACAGCAGCCAUGCCAGAAUGGUGGUGUGUGUGAAAGCCACAGCGGAGGAUUCCGAUGCCUUUGUCCCCAGAAGAGCCAAAAUGGCCGCCUGUAUGUCGGGGAGAACUGUACGGUUGAACUUUCAGGCUGUGACYAAAGUCAAUGUGAGAAUGGAGGAGUGUGUUCUGUGCAGCACACACACUCYUGCAUCUGCCUUCCAGGCUACACCGGGCCUACAUGUCAGACUUCCAGCYUCUUCUCAUUUGAGUCCCCGGGCUACAUGUUCGUUGAGACGCAGCAGCUGGACCCGGAAGCUGCACUCAAUUUGACUUUCAGCUUCAGGACAGAGAGAGCAGCCGGCACCCUGUUUCAGCGUCGAGUGGACGACCUGCUCCUCAGCAUCGAGCUGACAGGUGGACACCUCUGUCUCCUCAGCCUGAGAGGCCAGGGCUCCAGCACUCUGGUUCAGGAGCUGCCUGAGUAUCUGUCCAACAACAAGUGGCACACGGUGGAAGCAUCGCUGGGGGGCGUGGUCAGCCUCGUCAGGCUGCUGUGCAUGGAGGGCAGCUGCAGCAGAGACUCCAGCACUGAAGUCCAGCUGCUCCACCAGGCUGRUGCUCUCCCCGAGCCGGGAGCUGUUCGUCAAAGCCUCUUCAUCGGGGCGGCCGGGGGGAACUGGGCUUUGGGCAGACCUGAGGGUGGGGAGGACAAACUGUCUGCUUUUCUGGGCUGCUUCAGAGAUGUGUUCGUAAACUCUCAUCUGGUGCUGCCUGCUGCAGUGCCAAAAGAUCCCCGCACCCAGGUGAACGUCACAGCAGGGUGCAGCGACAGAGACAAGUGUGAUGGAAGUCCGUGUCAGAACCGAGGGCGCUGCGUGAGCCAGGGCUGGAGGAGCUACAUCUGUGAGUGCCACAGACCCUAUGAAGGACACGACUGUGCAGAGG